AUGGUACCGCUUGCCUUCUACUUGACAGACUCCUGCGAUGUGCGCAUAUUAGUGCGGGACCUGUCCGGCAAGUACGCCUGGGAUUUGACUAACAUCUACGGUCUGCCUCCGGAUCUUCAGGGGAUGAUAGAUCCCUCGGAGCAAAAAGAGAACUCCACUGCUGGUCUAUCUUUCCCGGUUAAUGGUUCCUCCGAUCCGCCCCUCUCUGUUCCGCCCUGUCCGCCUCCACGACGAAGGUCCUUUGCAGCGCGUUCCCUCGACGAGGCUUCUGACCAGCCACCCGACUUUCUUGAAGAACUCCUGCAACAUCUUAUUAGUCAGCAUCCUCAGUUUAAGGCACUUCUAUCGCCGUUGUCGAAGGACGACAGCAACCUGGAACAAUCGCACUUCGAGAAGCUCGCAAGUGAGCAGAUUAUUUCUUUGGAGCGUGAUGAACGCGAUCUGGAGAAGAAGCGCCCGGAACCUAGGACUUUGCCUCUUCAAGGUACUUCCUGUGUACUGCAGAUAGACGGAAACCCAGCCAUGGAACGCUGGAUGGAGGCUGCUCUGCAGUACUGUGUUUGCAAGAAACUCAUCAACCAACUCGGCUUUAUGUCCAGGAGCAGGCGGCCAUCGAUUGAACUUCUGCCCAAGAGCGCCGGUUUGGUCCGCGAGCUGAAGCACCUUGACAAAAGACUCUCGCGCGAGACGCACAAGUUGGCGGUAGUCUACGUGGCGCCGGGCCAAGAAGAGAAACAAGAGAUCCUGUCUAACCGAUGCGGAAGCUUGGAAUUUGAGAACUUCGUAGCGGGUCUUGGCUGGCAGGUAGAACUCGCCAAGCACAGGGGCUUCUUGGGAGGUUUGGACCGGAGCGGUCAGACGGGGAAGCUAGCCACCUACUUCGCCACAUCCACUCUCGAGGUCAUCUUCCAUGUCUCAACGCGUAUGUCCUCUGAGAGUGAUGAGGAUAAGCAUCGCGUGUUCAAACACCUUGGCAACGAUGAAGUUAUGAUUAUUUGGACUGAGCACUGGCGUUCCUUCCGCCGUAGCAGCCUCCGCACUGAGUUUGGCGAUGUCCUCAUCAUCAUUUCACCCCUGACCAACGGCCUCUUUCGUGUCGAAAUACGCAAUGAGUCAGAGGUACCCUUUUUCGGACCGUUGGUUGACGGAUGCCUUGUCUCAGAGGCGGAAUUGCCCUUCCUUGUGCGUGCCACUGCUGUCAACGCAAACCGGGCCAUCCACUCGGUCAAACCAGACUUCAAGGAGCAGUAUCCUUUACAAUAA